UUUUUUUUUUUUAAAAAAAAAAAAAUAGAACAUAAUAUUAUUCCUUUUUUGCUUAUUUUGUAUAUUGAUUUCUUUAUUUUAGUGUCGUCUCCAUGGUGAGCGCUUCGCAACUUACAAAGCUGAAUUCUCUCUUUACCCAGAACGCUUCCUGCCACCUGUGAAAUUAUUAUCAGAAGAAAAUCAUGAUGAAUUAUCACCUAUUAAACACGAAGAUGAAUCGGAUACCAAAAAUAUUUUACUUAUUGGGCAUAAAUCUACGAUCGAACAAGGCAGUAGUAGUGAUGAAAAUAUGGGUGAUACUGAUGAUAAAGAUUACACUCCUCCUAGAAAACCGAAAACAAAACGAGCAUCAACUUCACGUGGAUCAAAUGGACAAGAUCAACAUUCAGCAAAGAAAUGUCUUUAUUGUGGUUCGAAAUCUACUCCUAUGUGGCGACGGGGACCAGAGGGCGCUGGUACGCUCUGUAACGCUUGUGGUGUCAAAUGGAAACAUGGGAAGAUUUUAUCCGAUACAGCAUAUGAAAGUCAAGGAGCAUCAACCUUCACUACUGAUCAAAAGGAACGGCAUAAAUCAUAUAACAACAAUAAUAACAACAACAACAAACGAAGGAAAUCAAUCAGCUCAACUAAGAAAGAUAAACGUACAAAGACAAAGCAUAAACAAGCAAAUGGUAAGGAAUCAAUGAUGACAAACAGGAUAGAUGCAUCAAAGGCUUUAUUGUUACACGAAGACAAUUAUGGACAUUAUACCUCAAGCGAUCUUCACCAUCAAUCUGAACAAUCAUCAAAUCGUAAUAAUGGAUCUGAUAACAGUAUGGAUUUUUCAACAGCGACUACCACCAUGUCGUCAUCAAUGAUAGUGACUAACAGCAACAGUAAUCACAGCUCAUCAUCCAUAUCACAGCAUGCAUGGUCAUCAUCGGAUUCAUUUUUUAGUAGCCCAUUGGAAUCAUUUACAUCUUCACCAAAUUCAUCUCCACCAAUGUCGAUUGAUUCUCAGCAACAACGAAGUAGUACUUUGACGAUCUCUUUUGCAGAAAAAUUUGGAUUAGAAAGUGAUUGUUUACCAUUGACAGCUGGAGCAGAUGAUGUAGAAGCGGCAGCUGUAUUGGCAUUAUUGAAACAAAGUUGAUUUAUUUAUAUCAUUUAUAUAGUUUUUUUUUCCUAGUCUUUACCCUUUUGUAUAUAGUUUUAAUUUUCUUUCCCUCUUCCUCUUCUUUUUUUUUUUUCUCCCC